GGAGUAGUACACAAAUAAGCAGCAGACGCUUCAAGUCUAGACCCACCACGUCCGCCACCACCACCAGGAGUCCAGGAUAGAGAUAGUACCGUUGCCAAGCUUCCUCCGGCGAGAAGAGAAGAGAGAGAGAUCGGCAGGACUGGCCCUCGAUCUGGAUUGCUCGCAUCUCCCUUCCCAGUUGCCGUUGUUCUCAUUUGAGGAGGGACAGCCAUGGCUACCAUCUACGACAUUGCCGUCGGGGCCGCUUUCAACAUAGUCACGGCCGUCGCCUUCUUGCUGCUGUUCGCGUUCCUACGGCUACAGCCCGUCAACGACAGAGUCUACUUCCCCAAAUGGUACCUCAAGGGCACGCGGGCCAGCCCAGCUUCCGCGGGCGCCACCGUGGCUGCGGCCAAGUAUAUCAACCUGGACAUGAGGUCCUACCUGAAAUUCUUGAGCUGGAUGCCGGCUGCUCUCAAGAUGCCCGACGAUGAGUUGAUCCAACAUGCGGGCCUUGAUUCCGUCAUCUACCUACGGAUAUACCGCACAGGGCUCAAGAUAUUUGUUCCAAUUACGAUUCUUGCUUUUGCCGUUCUGGUGCCUCUGAACUGGACCAAUGAUACACUAGAAAGUUUGAAGGUAGUCCACAGUGACAUUGACAAACUUUCAAUAUCCAACAUACCUUAUGGAUCCAAGAGGUUUGUAGCUCACUUGGUUAUGGCCUAUGUAUUUACUUUUUGGACCUGCUAUGUACUUAUGAAGGAGUAUCAAAUAGUUGCAAGGAUGAGAUUGCGCUUUCUUGCUUUGGAGAAACGCCGACCGGAUCAGUUCACUGUUCUUGUGCGGAAUAUACCAUCAGACCCAGACGAAUCAGUUAGUGAGCUCGUGGAACAUUUCUUCCUUGUCAAUCAUCCUGGUCAUUAUCUUAAACAUCAGGUAGUUUACAAUACAAAUAAACUUGCUGGUCUGCUCGAAAAGAAGAAGCAAAUGCAGAAUUGGCUUGAUUACUACCAACUCAAGUUUGGGCGAAAAUCAGAAAGGCCAACAACUAAGACUGGCUUUCUUGGAUGUUUUGGUUCUGAUGUGGAUGCUAUUGACUACUACAAAUCGGAGAUUGAGAAGAUACAAAAGGAAGAAGCUGAAGAGCAUAAAAAGGUCAUGAAGGACCCCAAGUCAAUUAUGCCAGCAGCCUUUGUUUCAUUUCGUUCACGGUGGAGUGCAGCUAUUUGCGCUCAGACACAACAAACCAGUAACCCAACUGUCUGGCUGACUGAAUGGGCUCCAGAACCUCGUGAUGUGUACUGGAAUAAUCUAUCGAUUCCAUUUGUUUCCCUCACAGUUAGGAGGUUGAUAAUUGGCGUGGCCUUCUUCUUCCUCAACUUCUUUUACGUCAUUCCAAUAGCAUUGGUACAGACUCUUGCAAAUGUUGAAGGCAUAGAGAAGGCACUACCAUUUCUAGAACCUUUCAUUGAAACACCUUCAAUUAAAUCAUUCAUCCAAGGGUUUCUUCCUGGACUUGCUUUGAAGAUCUUCCUCAUAAUGCUUCCAACUAUACUGAUGUUUAUGUCUCAGUUUGAAGGAUUGGUAUCACAGUCCUCACUAGAGCGAAGAACGGCAUCCAAGUAUUUUAUAUUCUUGUUCUUCAAUGUAUUCCUGGGGAGCAUCGUUACAGGAUCUGCUUUGGAGCAGCUUAAUACCUACCUUCAUCAGUCAGCUAAUGACAUACCAAGGAUCAUCGGUGUGGCCAUACCAAUGAAGGCAACAUUUUUCAUAACAUAUGUAAUGGUUGAUGGUUGGACUGGUGUAGCUCUUGAAGUUCUGAGAUUGAGGGCAUUUAUAAUAUUCCACUUGAAAAACUUUUUCUUGGUCAAGACAGAGAAGGACAGAGAAGACGCAAUGGAUCCUGGUAGUAUCUGUUUGUACUGGUCCGAGCCUCGAAUACAGCUAUAUUUCUUGCUUGGUCUUGUGUAUGCUGUGGUGACACCGCUCUUGCUUCCGUUCAUAUUGGUAUUCUUUGCGCUGGCUUACGUUGUCUACCGCCACCAGAUCAUAAACGUUUACAAUCAACGAUACGAGAGUGGUGCGCAGUUCUGGCCCAAUGUGCAUCUGCGCAUCAUCACAGCCUUAAUUGUGUCACAGCUGCUUCUCCUUGGGCUAUUAAGUACAAAAGGUUUGGAGGAGGCAACGCCGGCUCUUCUUGUUCUUCCCGUAUUAACCAUUUGGUUCCACAAGUACUGCAAGCACCGGUAUGAACCCGCGUUUGUGAGAAACCCGCUACAGGAGGUGAUGAGGAAGGAUACGCUGGAACGCACGAGGGAGCGGAACUUCGACCUGAAGGCGUACCUGAGGGACGCGUACCUUCACCCAGUGUUCAAGAGCAAUGGGGUAGACAAGUUCUAUGUCGCCGACGAUCCCGGCGCGGAGGAGGUGAUCGUGCGGACAAAGCGGCAGCCCCGGAGGAUCACGCCGGUGCAGAGCGAGCACGACGGCUCUGAUAGCCUCUCCGUGCUGGAAUCCGUUCACGAAAGAUAGCUAAGCUAUAUGUUGUCUAUACACCGUAUAGCAUGUACAGAGAGUUGCACAUUGCAGCGAGGAUUAAGUGUAUUUGUCUUGCAAUUAUAUACGUGAAAUGGAGAAGUUUUCACGAGGCA